AUGCCAGAAGGUUUCAAUGAUAGAGUACAAAAUCGUGGGCUAAUUGUGAGCUGGGCUCCUCAACAAAAGGUCUUAUCUCAUCCUUCUGUUGCUUGUUUUUUAAGCCACUGUGGUUGGAAUUCUACAGUGGAAGGGGUAAGUAAUGGAGUCCCUUUCUUAUGCUGGCCAUAUUUUGCUGACCAGUUUUUUAAUCAAACCUAUAUUUGUGAUCAUUGGGAAGUUGGAUUGGAAUUGGAUAGAGAUGCAAGGGGAAUAAUCAGAAAGGAAGAAAUUAAGAAUAAGUUGGAGCAACUAUUGAUCGAUGAAAGAUAUAAAGAAAGGGCCCUGAAUCUUCAAGCAAAGACCGUGGCUAGUGCGACAAAAGGGUGUUCUCAUAAGAAUUUCAAUAAUUUUGUGGACUGGGUUAAAGAUAAUCAUUCCUUAUGGAUUAAGGUUCUUUAUAGCAUCCACUACCAGAUGAGAUUACUUGUGAAGCCGAGGUUCAGUAGCUCUUCGGGGGAGACUGACUAUCUCUGUGCUCGCAGGUCCAAAGGAUUCCAAAAAG